AUGUCUUCAUCAAAGGGAAGGGGUGCUGGUGGGAACCAGGUUUGCCGACAGUUCCAGAGGGGAGCAUGCCGAUAUGGCUCGCGGUGUAAAUUCUCCCACGACCCGAGCACCGCACGGUCUCGCUCCUCUCGAGCUUCACGCCCAGCCCAAGUCUCCGUCACACGAGCAUACUUUCCGGAUGAUUGCGAUAUAGACCGGUCGUCCCAGCUGAAAGACCACCUAGAGUCCGCUUUGACAGAUCACACUUAUCUUGACCAAGUCUGGGGCACAACGCUAGAACUCUUCUCUCGAUUGGAUGAGCAGAUCAACCAUCGUACAGUUCAAACUCUUGUGGUCGAAGGGCUCAAAGCUAUUACGGCCACGGUCCAGCUUUCACAAAAGGCAACCCCGGAUCACGUCAAGAUGGUGGAGAAGUUUCUGCGAUCACUCAGCCACCCUGAGCUUGUGAACUCUCUGAGUCUUUCCACCCGAGUCGAUAAGAUGUACGGUGCAUUUUCUGGUCAAAACGGAGAGGAGGGCCUUGCAUUCAUCCAAGGUUACUGUGACCUUCUUUCGAAAGACUUUUCGCUCGUCCAGUCACUCCAGGAAGAGAAGGGCCUCAAGGCGACCAUGAACGACACGCUACUUGUGACUUCUCAACUGUUCGCGAGAGUUCCCCAGCGUCGACAGAAUGGCCAACUUGCUGCCGUUUUCGAAUCGUUUGAAGGGUUGAUUGCGGUGGGUCAAAAGAACAAGGAAGUAUCGGAAAUUGAUUACGAUUCGUUUAUGGCUAGGGUCUCUGCCAUGAGAGGUGCUGCUAUCAGGGAUAGAUCCGAUACCCAGAACCGGGCGAAAGACGGCAAGAUUGAAGCUCCAGGAGGGCGCCACGACAAUGAUUUCGACAGCAUUUCUGAUAUCGAGAUCUUCCCAACCCUUGGCGAGAUAAUGAGCGACAAGCCCGAGUAUCUUCCAAGCACCUUGUUGACCGCCCCGAACGUUGUGGAAGAUCCGCUGCAGCGAUACCUCGACACCACCUUUCGCCUCAUGCGACACGAUAUCUUUGGUCCGAUGAAGACAGUUCUGAAAACCCUUCUUGAGCAGGCCUCAGACUCUCGAACCCCCACGCUGUCUAAUAACGAUGCCCGAGCGAACGUCUACCAAAAGGCUAAUAUUCGUAGCAUCUUCGUCAAUGAUCGGAAUGAACUGGAGGCUGUCGUCUCUUUUCAGGGACUUCCCCAUAUUUUGACAAGGUCCUUACCUGAUCAAACAGAUUGGUGGAAAAAUUCUUCGCGGCUUGAGGAAGGCUCGAUGAUCGCUUUUCUGUCCCGCGCAGACGGCAAGAACAGAAUGUUGUUUUUGCAAGUGACAGUCAAGAAUCCUUCGCAGGCUGAUUACGGUCUCAAAUGGUCCCGAUAUCCCAGUACGCUAGUAUCCAAGAACAAGAUCUCGAGUUUCACUGUUAAGCUUGUGAACUCGUCUUCGAAAGACUUGGAUCAUCUCUGUGAUCUCUUCCAACAAAAAGCACAAGGGUUCCUUGUAGACUUUCCCGGGUUGAUUCCUGCAACCUUCCACCCGGUUCUUGUCAACUUGCAGCGAGUUCAGCGUGAAGGUGACCUGGCCUUCCGUCAGUGGAUCUUGCCCAGUGCUCAUGGUAACUUGAAGGACAUCCCGCCGCCAGCAUACUCUAGGCACCCGGAGUUUGUGUUCAACCUCGAUCGUAUUGCAAAGGGUGAAAUGAGGCUGGAUACAAAGAAGCCAACCGAAUCCUUCAGUUUGCCUGAGCUUGAAGAGAGGUCCGGCUUAGACCAUGGUCAAUGCCGGGGGCUUGUGGAUGCACUCACCAAGGAGUAUUCACUUAUCCAAGGUCCACCUGGCACAGGAAAAUCGUUUCUCGGACAGAAGAUCAUCGAAGUUCUCACGGCCCCUACGACUGCGGUGAACAUGGGCCCAAUCUUGAUUGUAUGCUACACUAAUCACGCACUCGACCAAUUCCUGAAGCACAUUCUUGAUAGUGGGAUCACCAACCUGGUUCGUAUUGGAAGUCGCAGCGAGGCCCCAGAGCUUGAGGACAAGAACAUCCUGGUGGUCAGCAAAACCACCAAGAAAACCAACUCCGAGGCCAAAUCGCUCUUUAAUACUGGAAAGGCCCUGGAUGAGGCCAUGGAGAAAGUCUCGUCCACUCUAUCUACCCUCGACAACCGCAGCACGCAACCCACCUGGGCUGAUUUGGACGAGUUCCUGCUGAAGCACCAUGCGUUGAUUCAUAGCCAACUGAAAGCCGGCAGCCUACGCCGAUAUGACAACGCUAAGACUAAGGAUCCGCUUGUGAAUUGGCUGGGAAGGAGACCUGCGACUAAUGGCUCCCGAAAUGGAAGCCAAGGAGACCUGGCAAAGCUCAUCACUAAAGCGGAGUGGGAUGUUAGAGCUCUUUCGAAUCAGGAACGCUGGGAGUUGGCGGACAGUUGGCUUAGUGGAGCAAACGUCUCAGACAACUCUGCACUCCACGAUGCUCUAAAAGAAGCCGAUGAUCACCGGGCGACGAUGAAUAGUGUUCGGGAGGAAGUGCGCCGACGCACUUUGAUGAAUUCGAAGAUCAUUGGCAUGACCACGACCUCGCUUGCGAAGAACAUUGACACCCUCCGCAAAGUUGGGAUCCGAGUUGUUAUCUGUGAAGAGGCAGCAGAGGUAACCGAAGCCCAUAUGUUGUCUGCAUUGAUGCCAGGUGUCGAGCACUUUAUCCAGAUCGGCGACCACAAGCAGCUGAGGCCUCAAAUCAAUGAUUACAACCUCAGUCUUGAGUCUUCGUCCAAGACGAAAUGGCAGCUUGAUCGCAGCCAGUUUGAGAGGCGAGCCAUGGGUGAGCCUGGCCUUGAACCGGUGCCAGUGGCCCAGCUUAGGGUUCAGCGACGGAUGAGGCCCGGCAUCUCAAGGCUGAUUCGACGAGUAUACCCUUCGCUGGAAGAUCACAAGUCGGUUGGAGCUUUCCCAAAUGUGGUUGGAAUGCGCCAGGAUCUUUUCUGGCUUGAUCAUCGGCAUUUGGAGGACGGUCAAUAUGCCACUGGCUCGACCAGGUCCCACAGCAACAGGUGGGAAGUCUCAAUGGCCACGGCCUUGGUCCGUCACUUGGUUCGGCAAGGAGCUUACGACAGCUCUGAUAUUGCCCUUCUCACGCCUUACGCCGGGCAACUCAAGCAACUAAAGGCCGCCUUGAGCAACGAGUUUGAGAUCCGCCUCAACGAGGCUGAUAAGAAGAAGAUGACUGAAGAAGAGGCAUGGUUGGCCAGCCUGAGGGGGCCUGUGGCAAUGCCUGAAAAGUUCGUCAAGAAGCCACUGCUUCAGACCCUCCGUGUUGCAACCGUCGACAACUUCCAAGGAGAGGAGGCCAAGGUGAUUGUGGUCUCGCUCGUGAGGAGCAACAAUUCUCGCCAGGUUGGAUUUUUGGCUACAGAGAAUCGAAUCAACGUGCUUCUGAGCCGAGCGCAGCACGGCAUGUACCUCAUCGGAAAUGCAAACACCUACCAGAACGUGCCGAUGUGGGCUGAUGUUCAUCAGCAGAUCUCCGAUGCUGGGAACGUUGGUACUGACCUGGAAAUCUGCUGCCCGCGACACCCAGAGACACCCAUUGUGUGCUCCGAGCCCCGAGAUUUCAAGGACAAGAGUCCCGAUGGAGGUUGCACCGAACUUUGCGGAAAACCAUUGGAGUGUGGGCACAUGUGCAAGUCCAAGUGCCAUUCCGACAUGAUGCAUCAAAAUACCCCUUGCAACGAACCAUGUGAUCGCCUCAGGGAUGACUGCGACCACCCAUGCCGAAAGCUGUGCAAGGAGGAUUGUGGUCCCUGUGAAGCCAAUAUGGGCGGCCUGAAGCUGUCCUGCGGCCACGUCAAGAAGAACGCCAUCUGCAAAGAGCGAGGGUGGGCUGGCGAUAUCAUCUGCCAGACCAAAGUUCAAAAGCGGAUCUUCUUCUGCAAGCAUCUUGUUCCCACGGAAUGCCUCGGACGUCCCGAUGAGCUUCGGCAUGAUGACAAAUUCGAGUGUAUCUCUCGUUGUGGUCAGAAAUUGGCGUGUGGGCACGUUUGCAGCGCAAUGUGCUCGGAGUGUACUGUUGAGGACGGCUGGGGGCAUGUGUACGAGCACAAGCCAUGCACAUCAUGCAAAUAA